AUGGCUGCAGAAAAUGCAGAUUUCCCAUCAGACUCAGUUAUUACUUGUUCCAUUGCAGGGGCUGCUGGCAGAGCCACAGUGAGCUUCUCCCCAAACUGGGCCUCGGCAUUCACAUAUGAAUCUGUAACUCUGACUUGCAAUGUAGCUUCCACUGCACAAGGAGACCCUCCUUAUUCCUGGUAUAAAGAUGGGGCACCAAUUGGAACAAAGCAGCAGAAAUAUACAAUAGUCAGUGCCCAAGUGAGUGACAGUGGGGAAUAUCAGUGUAAGUCCCAUAACAGUGACCGGAGUGAGGCUGUUACACUGACAGUUAGUAAUGGUUACCUCGCCCUGAAAGUUCCCCCCUAUGUGUUUGAAGGAGACAAUUUACAGGUUUCCUGUGCCGGGUACCCUGGGUACUAUACUGAUACUGCUAAACUGUACAAAGGAAAUCAGUUGAUUGGUGGUCCCUCGUCCUCUGUGAAUUUCAACUUUGGAAGAGUAACCAUGGCAACAAGUGGCUCCUACACAUGUUAUAGAGCAGUAAAACACCAUUUCAUUUAUUAUAAUCAAGAGAGCAGUGUGUACAUUUCUGUGAAAGAGCUGUUCAGUACCCCACAAAUAAAAGUGAGGCCAGAUCAGGUGAUAGAAGGGGAUCACAUGACCAUAACAUGUGACACAAAGCUCAGCCCACACAGAGAGACUACAGAGCUGCAGUUUGCUUUCUACAGAAAUGGGCACAAUGUGCAGGGAUUCAGUUUAUCCAACCAAUAUUUAGUCCCCUCAGCUCAGCUGGAGGAUUCUGGGUAUUAUACCUGUGAAAUAAGAGCUCAGUCUGGGAGUGUAAAAAAGAAGAGUGGCGGAAAAAGUAUCCAGAUAACAAAGCUCAUCUCAAAGCCAGAAAUAUCUGUGAAUUCAGGUUCCCUGAGUCAGAUUAAUGAAGGGGAUCACAUGACCAUAACAUGUGACACAGAGCUCAGCCCACACAGAGAGACUACAGAGCUGCAGUUUGCUUUCUACAGAAAUGGGCACAAUGUGCAGGGAUUCAGUUUAUCCAACCAAUAUGGAGUCCCCUCAGCUCAGCUGGAGGAUUCUGGGAAUUAUACCUGUGAGGUACAAACUCCAACCGGCAGUGUGAGGAAGGAGAGUGACCCAAAAAGUAUCCAGAUAAAAGAGCUCAUCUCAAAGCCAGUAAUAUCCCUGAGUCAGAUUAAUGAAGGGGAUCACAUGACCAUAACAUGUGACACAAAACUCAGCCCACACAGAGAGACUACAGAGCUGCAGUUUGCUUUCUACAGAAAUGGGCACAAUGCGCAGGGAUUCAGUUUAUCCAACCAAUAUGGAGUCCCCUCAGCUCAGCUGGAGGAUUCUGGGAAUUAUACCUGUGAGGUACAAACUCCAACCGGCAGUGUGAGGAAGAGGAGCAACAUGGUGCAUAUCCACAUACAGGAGCUGUUCAUUCCCCCACAUAUAAAUGUGAGCCAAUACUAUUUGCUAGAAGGAGAUCACAUGACCAUAACAUGUGACACAGAGCUCAGCCCACACAGAGAGACUACAGAGCUGCAGUUUGCUUUCUACAGAAAUGGGCACAAUGUGCAGGGAUUUAACUCAUCCAACCAAUAUGGAGUCCCCUCAGCUCAGCUGGAGGAUUCUGGGAAUUAUACCUGUGAGGUACAAACUCCAACCGGCAGUGUUAGGAAGAGGAGUGACCCAAAAAAUAUCCAGGUUAAAGAGCUCUUCUCAAAGCCAGAAAUAUCUGGGAAUUCAGGUUCCCUGGGUCAGAUUAAUGAAGGAGAUCACAUGACCAUAACAUGUGACACAGAGCUCAGCCCACACAGAGAGACUACAGAGCUGCAGUUUGCUUUCUACAGAAAUGGGCACAAUGUGCAGGGAUUCAGUUUAUCCAACCAAUAUGGAGUCCCCUCAGCUCAGCUGGAGGAUUCUGGGAAUUAUACCUGUGAGGUACAAACUCCAACCGGCAGUGUGAGGAAGGAGAGUGACCCAAAAAGUAUCCAGAUAAAAGCCCAGAAACUUGCCGGUGUGCGAGUGAGGCUGGAGCCGGCCGGGGGGCAGGUUAUUGCUGGGGAGAAGUUGGAGAUUCUCUGCUCAGUGGAAAAGGAGAUGGGAUUAUUGCGUUAUUCCUGGUGCAAACAGCCCACUCGCAUCUGUGUCACCAAAGAGGCUGCAGCUCUGGAGCAACGCUUUGUGGUAGAAAGUGUUUCUGAAGAUUAUGGAGGAGAAUAUCAGUGCAUCGUUACCAAAGCUGCUACUGGUGAUUCCAUGCGAAGCACCAACAUCUCCAUCUCUGUCCGAGUUAAGGUGGAACUAAAGCUUAGUCCUACCAAAGUAGCUGUGGGGGAUUCUGUGGAUCUUCUCUGUGAGUCCAAGAGUGGAUCUUUCCCAGUUGAUUAUCAGUUCUAUCACAGGAAUGAUUCAAUAGGGAAAGGUAAAGCUAAAAAGAAAGAAGAGGCACAAUACCGGGUGACAAUCACCUCCAUCUCUAUGGCUGGACCCUACUACUGUACCUUGCAAAAUGAGUUCUCCAGCAAAAUGCAGCUCAGUGUGGGGGUUAUUUUGUCUGUGAUGGAACCAGUGGCAGAUGCCAGAAUUACCCCCGGGGAGGAUGAACUUGCAGUGAUAGUAGAAGACAAUCUGUGCUUGACCUGUUCUGUAGCAAAAGGCACUAACCCUCUGUUCCUUUGGAUUUAUAAUGAGACGAUUGAACAUGAAUCAGUACUGUACCAGGUCCGAGAGUCUGGGAAAGUGCUGUGUAUAGAGUCCGCUCAGCUUCAACAUGCUGGGACCUACUGGUGUCAGGUCAGGAACCAACUUUCAUCCAACAGGAUCUUCAGUGUUACCAGCAACAAUGUCACUAUAAGCAUCUCAGGCCGACACAAGCCCCUCCCUCUGCUGAAUGUAAUCAGACUGAUAUUGGCUCCCAUUAUAUUCAUAUGGACAGUGUUCCUGAUCUUUCACCAUAUAAAGUCACGCAGAUCUACAGACCGAGCAGUGAUGGGGGGAAUAGAAAAGAAACACAUAACUGGACAAUCAUCUCUCCCUCCAUAAGGAAUGAAUAUGAGUUGUAAGAAAUUGCUCAUCUUGGGUGCCAUUAUUUGUAUUAUAUACAUAUGUGUUUGUGGCUUUAUACAUAUUUAUGUGUUAUACACAGUGUAUAGGGGAGUUGUACUGACUACUAAAAACCAGUCGUCCAAGUCACACCCAAAGCCAAAUUUACAUAGCAACGGGAUUUUCUGUCGAUGGAGGUGGGACAGUACGGCUGCUACAGGAGCCAUAAAACUCAUUAAUGUAUGUGAGAAGCCUUCUCAUCAGUUACUGAACAAAGGCAAGGUGUGGUUCUUAUCAUCCCCAUCUGAUCAGUUGGUAUGUGGGGUGCAGUGGCUGAAAUGGUGUAAAAAAAGGGGACUGGACAGUAGUCAUGGAAGGAGGAGCAUCUGGGGAGCAUCCAUGGAGAGCACCUUAGAACUGCAUCAGAAGUGACCGGGGCAGGAUGUGAGAGAGACCAGAGGAAGCCAUGGUUAGAGAAAAGGAACCAGACCACCAUGUUCUGUGUUUGUUGGUAGCGAUAAUGAUGAAGACUUCAUUAUUAAUUUGUAAUUGAAAAUAAUGUAAAUAUAUUGUUUUGUUUUAAA